AUGUGUGGAGUUGGACUUUGUCAUCAUAUUCACAGAAAUAUAUGUUUGUGCUUGGCAAUAUACACCUUAGUUGGUUCCCGUGUACCAUGUGUCUAUUGUAAUAUACCUCAUUUCUCGCCUAACGAUCAUCUGAAACUUCUGUUUUCAUCACUCACAAAUGGUAGUCAGUACAUGGAUAAAGAUAGUUUGUCACAUUUGCUCAAAAAUUUACAUAUUUUUAACGAUGGAUUACAUUCGGACAAACAUGCGUCUAAAGAGAACAAGUGUUUAACAACACAGGAAAUGUUGGAUUUCUUUUCUGUUAAUCAAUCUCGCUUGAAUGAAAAACAAUUUGAGACACUACUGCCUACUAUAGUCUAUGAAUUAAAUGCCGGAGUGUGUAAACACAAGCAUGAAGAUGAGGCAGCUCAUUCCACAAACACAUUCGACUGGAAAGCUUUUCUAGCUGCCUCCGGUGCUGUGUUGUUGGUGAGUGCAUCAGGUUUAGUCGUUGUCUGUUUAGUCCCAAUGAUGUCAAGAAGUUUCUACAAUGUUGUAACUCAAUUUCUUAUUGCACUUGCGGUUGGCUCACUUGCUGGUGAUGCUUUCCUUCAUUUAAUACCUCAUGCUUUUUCUUCUAACGGUCAUCAUCAUAAGCAUGACAAUCAUCAUGAUGAACAUGGGCAUGAUAAUCAUAAUCCUUAUGAGCCUGUAUCAUUAACAGAAAUAAAUCCACAUCGAAAAAUGAUUUUAGAAGCACUCAUAGCUCUACUAGGCAUAUAUAUCUUCUUUUUAACUGAACGCUUGACUAUUAUCUGUCAGAAUCGAAUGUCUAGACGAAAGUUGAAACGUCAACGAUCGAACGGUCCGUUGAACUUUUUGGAUUUCAAUGAAGGAAAAGAUGUUGAUCAUAAGAAUGGAAAUCGUUUAACUGGCCCAGAUUCCACUCAUCUAGCAAUUGAUGAUAUUGGCAAUUACAAACAAAUUGAAAAUAAUUCAAGUGGUGAUAAUCCUAUGCUAAAUAGAGGAGUUAAUCAAGAAGUGAAAAAUUCAAAUAAUGGUUUUCAUAUCAGUGCACCAGAUGGGGGGAAUGGUUAUGAUGGUGGUUGUGGUGGAGGUGGGGUCGGCAGCGGCGGUGCUGGUACCGGUACCGGUGGCGGUAUUGUUGGUGGUGUUUCGCCAGGUGCACCGAAUGAAGGACAGUUAUGUAAUCGUCCUCCUGACAGACCAAUGGACAAUAAUCGUUGUGUGGAUUACCUUAACGAUAAACAAUUACACUCUUCAGAUGGAGGGAAUCAACCAAGUUGGUCGUUCAAUGCUAAUGCAUUCCAGUCAUCUCAAAAUGGUAAUGAAAAAUUGGAUAAACUACAACAACAACAGUCUAUCAAUGGCACAGAUGGUAUUGUCGCAUUUGCAGAUUUAAGAAAAUCUUCUCUAAACAACGUGAACAAUAAAAUGUCUGGUUCUGGUGGUGAAAUACUUGACAUGAGAAAUAAUAAUGAUAAACAGCUGGCUGCUUUAGAACUUUCCAAUCAUACACAAGGUCAAAAUGAUUUAUCCAACGGUGGUGGCGGUGCCGGUGCCGGUAUUGUGAAGAAGAAUUCAUCAUUUAGUUAUCUUGGCAGUGCUGAACAAAGUCAUACACAUCCACAUCGUGAUAAACCGCACGGACAUCAUCAUGGGCAUAGUCAUGAUUUAAGCUCUGUACGUGCUAUUGCUUAUACUAUCAUUGCUGGCGAUGGAUUACACAAUUUCUGUGAUGGUAUAGCUAUUGGUGCAGCGUUUGCCAAUGAUAUUCGUGGUGGAUUGUCAACAUCGAUAGCUGUAUUGUGUCAUGAAUUGCCGCAUGAAUUAGGUGAUUUUGCUGUUCUGUUACACGCUGGAAUGUCUGUAAAAUCUGCCCUUUUCUACAAUCUGUUAUCAAGUGUAUUAUGCGCUGGUGGAAUGAUUCUGGGCUUUCUACUCGGUGGAUUACACUCACUCGAUACAUGGAUAUUUAUGUUAGCUGCAGGAAUGUUUGUUUAUAUUGCACUAGUUGAUAUGAUGCCUGAACUAUCCGCUAAUCAAUUGAAAGGUGAUCGACGAUGUCAUCAACCGAGUGUUUUAUUCUUAUGGCAAAAUCUUGGCAUACUCUUAGGCUUUUGUAUUAUGCUGUUAAUAGCAUUUUAUGAAGAUGCAUUGGUAUCCCAUUAAAGUUACUAUAUAUACUCUAUUUGCACAUACCAAUAAAAUCCAUUCGUCUAUUUCCCUCCCCCUCCAUCUGUCUGCCUACCUAUCUGUCUGUCUGUCUGCCUGUCUGUCUGUCUAUCUCUCUUCUCGCUUCCUGUGUCCUUGUUCAUUGUCUAAUGUAUCAUUGUCUAAUAAAAUAAAUGUGUGAAAUGUCUUCUCAAUCUUGUUUUUCAUUUAUUUCAUUUUACCCUUCCCGUGUUCUGUUCUGUUUAGUGCAUUGUUUUUGCUGCGUUUUUUUGGUGUGAUUUGAUUUGAUUUGCCUAUUCAUCAAUGAAAAUUUCUAGACUUUUUAAUCCUUCUUUAGAAUAGAGAGCGAUAAACAGCAGAAUAAGGGGAAGAGUAGUAGUACUAUUCUUGUUUUUGUUAUUGCUGUUUUUGUUUUUGCUUUAUCGAACUACCCUUAUUAUUCCUUUGCAUAGUGUUCCCUUUCUCAACUGUUCGUUAAAACGCUUCUUCCUCUUCUUCUUCCGGUUUUUUUGUUGUUACUGUUGUUGUAAAAUUAAUUGAGGUUCUAACACUCACUCACACACACACACAAUUUUUUGUUUUAUGGGAUUUCGUCUAUAUAUUUGUCUGUUUUUUUGUCGCCUGACCCUGCCUUGGUCAGUUAGUUGGUUGAUUGGUCGCGGUCGACGUGGUCAGUGAGUGUGUUGUGGUUAUAUUCGUCACCGGUGCAUAAGUUUUCGUAAAAGCCUUGGGUGUUUUGCAUACUUUUCCGGUCUUUUUUCCAUUAUUAUUAUUAUUAUUGUUAUUAUUAUCAUUAUUAGUAAGAGCAUUGUUUUAUUAUUCUUAUUCGCUAAUGUGUGUGUGUGUGAAUUUUUGGGUAGGGACACACACACACACAAACAAAAAUUAAUGAUUUAUUGCCAAUAUGAGCAGUUAUCUGAUCUCUAUAUCUUCUCUAUAUAUUUCUGUUUCAUAAUACCUCUUCUUUCUAUGUGUGUGUGUGUUCUUUCUGGUGGUGUGCGUAGGCGUGUAUGCCUGCUACUACUACUACUACUACUACUACUAAUGCUACUACCACGGCCUAUUGACAAGUCAUACAUAUUUGCUAUGCCAGGUACAGUAGUAGUCGUAGUUCGUUGUUCUGUUAAAUUCCCUCUUUGAUCUAUUCUCAUCUUUUAGCCGCCUUAACUUCAAUUUGUGUUACCACUGGAGUAAUAUGAGAAAUGAAGAAGAAGAGGGAUAAAAAAGGUCUGCUUUAAUUGUUCACUUUGUAUCGUUGAUCUUUGCUUAACCGUCUGUGUGUGUGUGUGCCUGUCGAUGUUGAUGAUGAUAUCCCAUUCCCAUUUCAGCUUUUUCCCUAUGUGUCUUAAUGUUUCCUUUUCUAGGCAUAUGUGUGGGUGUAUGUACUUGUAUAUUACCUCCCUGUUUCUUCUCCAACCCCCCCCACCCGGCUCCCCCUGGUUUUAUCAUUUUCUUCGUGAGUAUUAGUCAUAUAAUACACUUUUAUUUGUGGUAUUAUUAAUUUAUAAAGUGUUACUGUCACUGUUUGUUGUGAUUGCUAUUCUCUCUCUCUCUCUCCACCUACCUAUCUGCCUAUCUAUAGUCUGUUUUGUAUUUCUUCUUCCAAUUAUCAUACACACACACACUCACUGACUCUUACUCACACGUAUUCGUAAUUAAAGAGGAUAAAGAAGAACCGUCUGGAUGAGACGACAAAACGCUAAAGCUAACCAAAAAUAAAUAAAUAAACCAACAAACAUAUUAUCACAUAUCUUAGAUUAAUAUUAUUACUAUUAUUACUAUUAUGAUUAUUUACUUUAUCAUCACCAAAUAAAAAUGAAUAAUGCUGGUGCUUCUUGUUCUGACAGUUGAUUCCCUUUUUUUUCUUAGAAAUAUAAUUUGCCUGACUAAGUUUUAAUAUCCUCAUCUACAU